AUGUUAUCCACGUCCACUAGACUCCAGCUGCAAAAAAUUGCCGGGAGAAACUCUAUAAGAACCAUCUCACAAUUAUCAUACGUCAACCCUCCAACGCACAUCAAGAAUGAACAAGUGAAACCAUUCACUAAUACGGAUACAAAGGAUUGGGAUUUACUUCGUGCCUCCAUCAUGAAAUUUAAGAGCUCCUCCUUAGAGGUCCCAUUGGUGAUCAAUGGAGAACGUAUCUACUAUAACAACUCGAACCGUUCCGUUUUCGCACAAUCCAAUCCUGCCUGCCAUAAGCAAGUCCUAGCCAAUGUCACACAGGCAACAGAACUGGAUGUUAAGGAUGCCAUUCAAGCAGCCAAGGAGGCAAAAUCCAAAUGGUACCAAUUACCCUUUUAUGAUAGAGCAGCAGUGUUCUUAAAGGCUGCUGAUUUAAUCUCCACCAAAUACAGAUACGAUAUGCUUGCAGCAACAAUGUUGGGACAAGGCAAGAAUGUGUAUCAGGCUGAGAUCGAUUGUAUCACUGAAUUAUCUGAUUUCUUUAGAUUUAACGUCAAAUAUGCUCACGAUUUGUACAACUUACAGCCAGUUCAAUCCGCGCAGGGGGUUUGGAAUAAAGCUGAAUAUAGACCAUUGGAAGGGUUUAUCUAUGCUGUAUCCCCAUUUAAUUUUACAGCAAUUGCUGCCAAUUUGAUAGGUGCCCCAGCUCUUAUGGGUAAUACAGUUAUUUGGAAACCUUCUCAAUCUGCAGCAUUGUCUAAUUAUUUGUUACUUACUGUUUUGGAGGAAGCUGGUUUACCAAAGGGUGUUAUUAAUUUUGUUCCAGGUGAUCCAAUCUUGGUUACAGAUCAAUUACUAGCCUCUAAAGAAUUUGGUGGGUUGCAUUUCACAGGUUCCACACAAGUGUUUAAGCAAUUAUAUGGUAAAAUUCAAACAGGCGUGGUUAAUGGGUUAUAUAGGGACUACCCACGUAUUGUUGGGGAGACAGGAGGUAAGAAUUUCCAUUUGAUUCAUAAAAGUGCUAAUAUCCCCAAUGCAGUUUUCUCCACCAUCAGAGGAGCUUUUGAAUUUCAAGGUCAAAAAUGUUCUGCCACCUCUAGGUUAUAUAUACCACAAUCUAAAAGUGAAGAAUUCUUCAGAGACCUCAUUGGUACUCUACAACAACAAAAGGUAACCCCAGUCAACACUGCUGCAAGUCCUAUUAGUGGUGGUGAUUUGCACGGAUUUAUGGGACCCGUUAUCCAUGAACAAAGUUAUAAUAAACUGAUUAAAGUUAUUGAAGAAGCUAAGACAGACCCUGAAUUGGAGAUUAUAUACGGUGGGCAAUAUGAUAAGGGAGAAGGGUGGUUUGUUGGACCUACUAUAAUCAAAUGUAAGGACCCUAAACAUAAAUUCAUGACUACUGAAUUUUUCGGACCAAUAUUAUCCGUUUACGAAUAUCCAGAUAACAAAUUCUCUGAGACUUGUGAUUUAAUUGACCAAACUAGUAUGUAUGGGUUAACAGGGUCUGUUUUUGCCAAGGACAGAGAGGCCAUUAACCUGGCAGAUGAGAAAUUGAAGUUCAGUUGUGGGAACUUUUACAUUAAUGAUAAAUGUACUGGUGCUGUUGUGGCACAACAAUGGUUCGGAGGUGCCAGAAUGAGUGGUACUGAUGACAAAUCAGGUGGACCAAGCAUCUUAAACAGAUUUGUGAGUAUACGUAACACCAAGGAAAACUUUGUUGAAUUGACUGACUUUAAAUAUCCAUCAAACUACUGA